CGACAGUGUUGUUGAUAUUUUAGUUUCACUUCCUGUAGAGUACGGAAGUAGAGUCGUGUCGUGAAAGAGUGAAGAUAAUGAAUAUUUUCUUUAAUUCACUCACACUGUUUUUGCUUCAUUCCGUCGUGUCUGGUUUUGGUUCAAUCUCAGUGUCUCUGAAGGAAGGAGAUUCAGUCACUCUGCUCACUGGAGUUCAAACAGACCAUCGAGACCAAGACAUUAAGUGGUAUUUAAGCAGCACUCGCAUUGCACAGAUCAGUGGAGAUCUCAGUGAUAUCUGUACAGAUGUUCAGUGUAAUGAAGGCACUGAGACAUUCAGAGGCAGACUGAAGCUGGAUCAUCAGACUGGAUCUCUGACCAUCACGAACAUCACAAACACAGACUCUGGAGAAUAUACACUACUGAUCAGCAGCAGCAUCAUUGAAAGUAAAACGAUCUUCAGUGUUUCUGUCUCAGAUGUUCUUGUUGUUGAACCGUAUAAAAUAAAGGAGGGGGAAUCUCUCACUUUAGAAGCCGGUGUAAUAAAACAACCUAAUCGUGUGAUCACGUGGUAUUUUAAUGAGGCUGAAAUCGCUGGAGAUCAGAGUAAGAUCUGUGCAAAUGAUGAGUGUAAAGAGAGAUUCAGAGACAGACUGAAGCUGGAUCUUCAGACCGGAUCUCUGACCAUCACGAACAUCAAGACUACAGACUCUGGAGUUUAUAAACUACAGAUCAUCAGCAGUGACCGCAGCUUCAGCGUCACCACAGUGAAGAGAUUCAAUGUUUCUGUCUCUGAUUCAGGUCUGUCUUCAGCUGCUGUAGGAAGAAUAGUUGCUGCUGUUGUUCUUCUGGUGGCUGCUGCUGUAGUUGUUGGUGUGUUUUAUUGUCGCCGCAAGAGACAUACACCAGUACCACAGAAUGAGGAUGGUGACAGGAACUCGCAGCCUGAUCCUAAUAACAUUCAUUCAUUAGAAGUAGACGGGAUGUCCUUGAACUCUGUUUACUCACAAGGUGAUCCAAAGAUUUCAGUGGUCUGUACCUUUUUUGUCUUCAACCCAUGUAUAUAUGCAUGUGUGAACGUGUGCUCGUGUAAUAUAUAAGUAAAUAAUUAAUUUCAAAAUAACUAUUUCAAACAUUAAUACAAAACUGCAGUUUUUACAGUAGAAAAAUCAUCACACCUAUGCAGAGUCACCAUAAAACACAAAAACCAACGUGUUUGUGUGUGUGUGUUUCGACGAAAGAAGGUAAUAGCCUUUAGAACAGGCUGUGAUGGGUUAAAUCAAGAAGCAGACAACAGUCAAGCACAGACCAGUAUUUGAGUUUUAUUGAGAAAUAUUGAGUAUCCAUGUUUACUUGUUUUUCCUCAACAGGAGCAGAGGCAUCGCUAGCGGGGGAAAAAGGGCACCAGAGCGCAUAGGGUCCAGAAGUCUGAGGGCCCUUGAACACCUACUGUCCAGGACACUACACUUAAGUAGUGGACACUGAAACAAGAGUGACCUUGAGAACAUUAAAGGUUAUGUUAUU